AUGCGUGCAGGAGGGUUUCAGCCUCUUGCAAAAGCCAUGCCGGGGCUGGACCCAGCCUUGCAAAGACCGCCUUGCCUCUUCCUGUCUGCCAGUCGCACCGUUUCCUCUCCUUUGCAAUUGCUGCUGCUCGGUGCAAACGCUCCUUCCUUUCCUCUGCAUCCACUCCGCACCUUUCCUAUCGCCCUUUUUGCGGGAAGCUCCGCCUUGAAGGCUCCCAUUGGUUCAGCCUCGCAUCGCUCCAGUCCCGGGGAGAACGCAAGAGGAGUUCAAAGGGGAGAUACACAUCCAGGCCCAGACAUGAUCCGAAUUCACGUCCUGGAGGGAAAGGCUUUGGUGUGGAAUUACGCUGAUGUGCGGCGCAUACGGGAGGAGCAUCGCAUAGUCGGCACGCUGUUUGGGGCAUUGGCUCGGAAGCCACGCCAGAACGUGAGGCUAGGGCUUCCUUUGCAGUUGCUCCCGGAAGAAGCCCGGCUACUGCUGGAAAACGGCCUGGCAAUCCUGUGUAAAAACCCAGCAUCCCCAGCCCUUGGAGAGGAUACAAGCCAGGAGGUGGCUGUUUACCAAAAAGAGCUGGAGGAGAACUAUCAGGAGCAGUGUCGCCUUGCUGCUGAACAGCGGAAGGCCCUCCUGGACACUCUGGCAGAACGUAUAGCUCAGGGCCGGGCAAAGAAGAGGCAACGGGAAGGUGAAGAAGAAGAGUCUUCCUCCAAGCUUGCAGAGCCAGAGCCCAGUUUUGUGCUCCCUCGAGACUCAAUGAUGGUCCAGCUCCCAACAGAACGGAUCAACCCAGGCCAAGAAGUAGUGGUGGACUGGCGUGUACCUUCCAAAGACUGGCCUUACGCCGGACAACCAGAUCACGAGGCACAUUAUCGCAUUUUCCGAAACCUCUGGGAAAGGGGCUUCUAUGUCACCAGUGGGAGCAAGUUUGGGGGCAACUUCCUUGUUUAUCCAGGUGAUCCCAUGCGGUUCCACGCCCACUACAUUGCCCUCUGUGUCCCUCGAGAUACCCCUCUCUCCUUGUGUGACAUUAUCAGCGCUGGACGCCUGGGUAGCAAUGUCAAAAAGACAGUUUUGCUCUGUUCAGCAGAUGAAGAUGGGACUGUGGUCUAUACAUCCUUGCAAUGGACAGGGAUGCAGUGAGAACAGGGGUUGUCUCCAUGAAUGAACUAUGGUUAUAUCUCCCAUGGCAAUGUGUAGAUAAAGAACAUGUCGGCUUCAUGUGGCACCCCCAACCCUAUUUUUGUAGCUCUCAGCAUACUUCCAAGGUUAUUUUUCUUUCAAUCAGGGAACAUCACCUCCCAAUUGCCACAAACUAUACCAAAUCACCCCCCAGAUGUGUCUCCCCAACAUCACUUCCAAAAGCUCUUUUAAAAAGCCAAAAUACAAACUGGAAAUGA